AUGACCCAGGUGAUGACCCAGGUGAUGACCUUGGAGAUGACCCAGGUGGUGACCCAGGUGAUGACCCAGAUGAUGACCCAGGUGAUGACCCAGAUGAUGACCCAGGUGAUGACCCAGGUGAUGACCCAGGUGAUGACCCCAGGUGAUGACCCAGGUGGUGACCUAGGUGAUGACCCAGGUGAUGACCCAGGUCAUGACCCAGGUCAUGACCCAGAUGAUGACCCAGGUCAUGACCUUGGAGAUGACCCAGGUGGUGACCCAGGUGAUGACCCAGGUGAUGACCCAGGUGAUGACCCAGGUCAUGACCCAGGUCAUGACCCAGUUGAUGACCCAGGUGAUGACCUUGGAGAUGACCCAGGUGGUGACCCAGGUGAUGACCCAGAUGAUGACCCAGGUGAUGACCCAGGUCAUGACCCAGGUCAUGACCCAGAUGAUGACCCAGGUGAUGACCCAGAUGAUGACCCAGAUGAUGACCUAGGUGAUGACCCAGGUGAUGACCCAGGUGAUGACCCAGGUGAUGACCCAGGUGAUGACCCAGAUGAUGACCCAGGUCAUGACCCAGGUAAUGACCUAGGUGAUGACCCAGGUGAUGACCCAGGUGAUGACCCAGAUGAUGACCCAGGUCAUGACCCAGGUAAUGACCCAGGUGAUGACCCAGGUGAUGACCCAGAUGAUGACCCAGAUGAUGACCCAGAUGAUGACCCAGGUCAUGACCCAGGUAAUGACCUAGGUGAUGACCCAGGUGAUGACCCAGGUGAUGACCCAGGUGAUGACCCAGGUGAUGACCCAGGUCAUGACCCAGGUAAUGACCUAGGUGAUGACCCAGAUGAUGACCCAGGUGAUGACCCAGAUGAUGACCCAGAUGAUGACCCAGAUGAUGACCCAGGUCAUGACCCAGGUAAUGACCUAGGUGAUGACCCAGAUGAUGACCCAGGUGAUGACCCAGGUGAUGACCCAGAUGAUGACCCAGGUCAUGACCCAGGUCAUGACCUAGGUGAUGACCCAGGUCAUGACCCAGGUAAUGACCUAGGUGAUGACCCAGGUGAUGACCCAGAUGAUGACCCAGGUGAUGACCCAGGUGAUGACCCAGAUGAUGACCCAGAUGAUGACCCAGGUCAUGACCCAGGUGAUGACCUAGGUGAUGACCGCCCUGCUACACCACCACCCGACACUCAACCAUCCACAGCCUCAGCACUGACGCUCUCCCACAGUACAGAGCUGGGAGAAAGUUUAGGAAUUCACGAGAUCAGAGAAGACUGGUCUAAGGUUGUGGAGACCUGA